AUGGGCCGCCGGCGCCCGGUGAUGCUGCUGGCCAGUCUGUUUUCUGCAGCAGGAUUUUUGUCGCUCUACUUCUGCAGUCGCUAUGAAUGGCCGCAUCCCUUCCUCAUGUCCUUAGCCUUCACCGAGACGGCGCUCAAUGUGGCCUACGCGGCGCAUGCGGCGUUGCCGGCAGAUCUAAGAGCUCCGGAGACGGAUGUGGAAAAUCCAGGAGACACCGAAGCGGACGCAGGUCUCAUUUCAGGCAUCAUGGCCCUUCAUUCCUUCAUCGGCGCCGUGUGCGCGGUUUGCGUGCUGGAUGUGGCUAAAGGCUUUCCACUGUACAGCUUCUACCAGUUCUAUGGCGCUGCCGUGGUGGUGAUUUGCAUUUUAGUAAGCUGCGUGGCUAAAGAGGAGCCUUCGUCCAAUCUCCAGUUGCCCAGUGCAGGUGAGAUUGCGGCGGCCUACACCAUGGACCGUGCAAGAGACAUGGAUUUCUUUUGGGUGUGUUAUGGGCGUCUGCUGUUCUACACGAGCCAAUCAGUCAUUGUCUUCAUGUCAUACUUCAUUCGGGAUAUGUUCCAGGUGACAUCCGAGAAAGAAGUCAUCUCCAAGCUCAGCACGUUGGUGCUAAUCGGCCAACUGCUGGGUGCUGUAGUGGCAGUGCCCAGCAGUCGGAUGUCGGACCACGUGGGCUGCAAACCCGCGGUCUACGUCUCCUGUGUGGUGCAAUGUAUCACCUUCCUCACCUUUAUCCUGGCACCAAUGCUGGCGUGGAAUGUGAUGCUCAUUGGGGCUUCCUUCUAUGGCCUUGGUUCCGGAUCCUACAUGAGUGUCGAUUAUGCCUUGGCUCUCAAGUGCUUGCCCUCCAACAAGGACCGCGCUCAAUCAUUCGGGCUGUGGGGCAUCGCAGGGUUCAUUGGUAGCUGCUUGGGACCCUUAGUCGCCGGAGGUGUUCUGUGGCUAUUCCCAGGUCCAGAUUCCACAUCUCUCCAUGCACCUCAGUUCCAGUACAAGGGCUAUGCCUUCGGCUUGCUGUUGGCGGGAUCCCUGCCCGCCCUUGCCGUGAUCCCGGCCACCAAGCAGAUCAUCCGGAAAGUCUGA